AUGUCGGAGCUGGUGUACCAAGACCAUAGCUCGUCAAGAUCAGGAUUUAGAGCCCGGGAUGCAAGUCCUGACUCAGUAAUUUUCACUCUAGAAUCCAACUUCAGUCUCUUCUCUUCUGCUUCUGCUAGUGUCGAUCGCUGCUCUUUUGCUUCGGAUGCUCAUGAUCAUGAAUCUCUCGCCUCUGAAAUCUCUCUGCAUUUGGCAGGGCAUGAUGAAGAAGAGAGCUGUUCGAGUGGUCCAGAUAGAAAUCUAGAUCCAAACAAAUUGAAUACAGUACAGAUCAACAAGAAGCAGCAACACACUCACACUCACACUCGUCUCUACAGAAAAGCGGAGAAAGCGAAAGCAGCUCAAAAAGAAGACAACAAAACUAGUGCUAUAGAAGACGAUAGUCAUCUCCUAGAUUCAGCAAGAAGCUCCUUCUCUCUCGCUCUCAAAGAGUGUCAGGAAAGGAGAUCUAGAUCUGAAGCAAUUACAAAGAAACCGGAUAGGCGGAGACCUGCAUCACUAGAUCUUAACAAUGUGGUUACAUCUUCUUCGCCGCGAUUGGAUAACAUGAAGAAGAGUGCAGUUUAUUCAUCUCGAAAAUCCGGUACAUUUCCGAGCCCGGGAACUCCAAAUUAUCAUCAAUAUCAUUCUAGUUUUGGAAUGCAAAAAGGUUGGAGUUCCGAGCGAGUGCCGUUGCCAAAUCAUACUAACAGGCGGCAAGUAAUGAAUUCUACUGGGGCUGCUGUUUUGCCUUAUAAUAAUAGUGGAAGGACAUUGCCGUCGAAAUGGGAGGAUGCCGAGAGGUGGAUAUUUAGUCCUGUUUCGGGGGAUGGGGUUGUCAGGAGUUCGAUUCAGACUGCUCAAAGGAGGCCCAAGUCAAAGAGUGGACCGCUUGGACCACCUGGGGUUGCGUAUCAUUCCUUGCAUUCGCCUGCGAUGCAGGUGUUUGAUGGAGGGAAUGUGGGGAAUUUUAUAGCUGGUUCUCCGUUUUCGGCUGGUGUUAUUGCUGCUGAUGGGUUGGCGAUUAGGUCAAAUGGUAGCCAUGUUAUGGCAUUUCCUAUGCGGACAGACCCUUGCAUGGCUCGUUCGGUUAGUGUGCACGGUUGCUCUGAGACGGUAGCUCAGUCUUCCUUGCCAUCUCAAGAUCAAAAGCUUGACGGUGUCAAGGAUGCAGCAACUGAUAUAUCUCGUGCUGUUUCAAGAAGGGACAUGGCCACCCAAAUGAGCCCUGAAGGUAGCAAUCAUUCAUCUCCCACCAGGAGGCCAUCAUUCUCUGCCUCCACUCCAUCUGCUCUACCUAUUGUGGAACUGCAGGGUGUCAAUUCUUCUAAAUCUGAGGUCAGGGAUGUACAGGUGGAUGAAAGGGUUACUGUCACAAGGUGGUCUAAGAAACACCGAGCCCGCAACCAUGGAAAAACUUCAGAAAUUGUUGAUGACUGGAGAAAGAAAGCUGUUGAUACUCUGUCAUCUGGUUGGGAUGUUUCAGAGGCUGGAAAGAGCAUUUCAAAGGUCAAAAGAGAGGAAGCCAAAAUCACAGCAUGGGAGAACCUGCAGAAGGCAAAAGCUGAGGCAGCAAUAAGGAAACUUGAGAUGAAACUUGAGAAAAAGAGAUCAUCAUCUAUGGAUAGAAUUAUGAAUAAGCUGAGGUCAGCUCAAAAGAGAGCCCAGGAAAUGAGGAGCUCGGUACUAGCAAACCAAGCACAUCAAGUUUCCACAAACUCUCACAAAGCUGUAUCAUUCCGCAUAACCCGUCAGAAGGGUCCCCUGAGUGGUUGUUUCACAUGCCAUGCUUUCUAA